GGUAGUGUUCUCUCUUGCAGAUAUUUCAUGCAUGGAGUUUGCAAGGAAGGAAACAACUGUCGCUACUCCCAUGACCUCUCCACUAGUCAGUUUCCCAUGGUGUGCAGGUAUUAUCAGCGAGGAUGCUGUGCUUACGGAGAUCGUUGCAGAUAUGAACAUACCAAGCCACUGAAACAGGAAGAAGUGACUACUGUGAAUCCAGCUGCAAAGACGUAUCCCUCAGUAUCCUCGGACCUUGCGUCACUCCCAGAAACAGCCGAAGGAAGUACUACUGAGUCAGAGGUUGAAAAUGCCAAUCUGGCAGCUGCAGGAGUAGGCGCCGAAGACUGGGUGAAUGCUGUAGAGUUUGUCCCUGGGCAACCAUACUGUGGACGUGCUGCCCCUUCCUGCACUGAAGUGCUCUUGCAGGGAAUGGUGAUUGAAGAAGAGUACGAAAAGCAGCAAGCAGACGUGGAGAUGAAGAAGCAGCUGUGCCCUUACGCUGCAGUAGGAGAAUGUCGUUAUGGAGAAAACUGCGUUUAUAUCCAUGGGGAUGUGUGCGAUAUGUGUGGGUUGCAAGUCUUGCAUCCAGUCGAUGCUGCGCAGAGAUCCCAGCACAUAAAGUCUUGCAUUGAAGCUCACGAGAAGGACAUGGAGCUUUCAUUUGCUGUCCAGCGUAGUAAAGACAUGGUGUGCGGGAUAUGCAUGGAGGUGGUGUAUGAAAAAGCUAAUCCUAGUGAGCGCCGCUUUGGGAUCCUCUCCAACUGCAGCCACACUUACUGUCUCAAGUGCAUCCGCAAGUGGAGGAGCGCUAAGCAAUUUGAGAGCAAGAUUAUAAAGUCCUGCCCAGAAUGUCGAAUCACAUCUAACUUUGUCAUUCCAAGUGAGUACUGGGUGGAAGAGAAAGAAGAGAAGCAGAAACUCAUUCAGAAAUACAAGGAGGCAAUGAGCAACAAGCCAUGCAGGUAUUUUGACGAAGGCCGUGGGAGCUGUCCAUUUGGAGGGAACUGUUUUUACAAACAUGCAUAUCCUGAUGGCCGCCGAGAGGAGCCACAAAGACCGAAAGCUCAGCGGAGGAAUCGUUUCUGGGAGUUCAUCGAGGAGCGAGAGAGCAGCGACCCCUUUGAGAACGACGAGGACGAGGUGGUGACCUUUGAGCUGGGUGAGAUGUUGCUCAUGCUGUUGGCAGCGGGAGGUGACGAUGAGCUAACGGAUUCCGAGGAUGAGUGGGACUUGUUUCAUGACGAGCUGGAAGAUUAUUAUGACUUGGAUCUAUAGCACCUGUCAGUGGAGUGUGGACUGUCGUCUUGGCUUCAGGCAGUAGCUAUUAUUACCUGUGGUGUUGUGGCAGUGCCUGUGUUUCUCCUAGGCAGGCCUAUCAAUUCCAGGUGCUGUUGUAAUAACUUUGACCCAGGGUCUGUCUCUUCCCAUCCCAUCCCGCCCUAGGAGUGUUGUUUUUUCUCUGUUUAAACAAAUAACAAGAAAUAAAUCUUUAAAAUGUUAGUUUUUGUAAAAAUGAAUUUAACUGUCAGACAGUUAGCUUAGGUUUGUUGCUUCAUCUGUGUACCCAGCAGAGUUCACCCAGUUCAAGGGUUAAAGUGUUUACAGGACUUCCACACUCAUUUUGAAGAGCCCAGAUACAAAAAUGAGCAGUGGCCAUGCAGUGGGGACGAAAAUUGGCUGAUGGCCUUUUUCCUGCUAUGGACUUCGUAUCGAUAUUUCUGACUUCAGGCCAGACGCAAAUACUUUUUCUGGCAUCAGCUCCGUUCCAGCCCCCUCAUGUACACGUCUUCAUUUGUGACUUUGGUCUCUUGUUUACUUGCACAUUACUAUUACUACUGUGUAACCAGAACCAGGUGUGAAUGUUCCGGGUUUUUACUGUGUUUAGCAUGAAAGGAAAAUGUCUUUGUGAAAGGAGAACUCUCUAUGUGUAUAUACAGAUAAAUGUAGAGUUGGACCUCAAGGGUAGGGGGAGACUCUGUAUAAGUUAAAAUUAACUAAACCACCUUUCAUCCCCUCUUGGUGCAUGAAGCCUAGCCUCCAAUUGGACAGGAAACUGGUUUAGCGCUCGCAGCCCACUCAGUGGCAAUGAUCUGUACCGUCAGGUAUAACUUGAAAGACGGCGCUCCCUAAUAAACCAGCUCUUUCCUGUGUAUUAUUAGGGUUGUCCAGGAGCAGAACCUCAGUUAGCCAAAGCGGGGCCAGCGCGCGUAGCCACCCUGGGGAGCACCAGAGGCCCCUGAACUGCGCGAGCUGCCGGUAGCCACCGGAGCCACGGGCUUUGCUAGGAAAUCGCUGCACCACUCAGGCAGUCGCGGGGCGCCGGCCUGUCAGCGCCUGAGCCGGGCAGGUUGCCUGGUAAAGCUGUUCAGCUCGUGUGAGCUGCUGCUUGCCAGCUCAGCCAGGCAGUUUGUGGCUGUAAUUGCAUUGAGAAGAACUUACUGGGCCACCAAAGCUCCAGCACAGGAAUUUUAACCUUGCAUUACGGUAGUACUGUUUUUUUGGUUUUUUUAUUGACUCGUGGAUGCCCCGUGAUCUGUUCUCCUGAUGCUCUUGUCCCCUAGACUGCCUCUCCUUUCACUUUUAAAUGGAAUGAGCAAUUGUUCCGAGGUCUAUGAUGUAUUGUUUUGCAGCUGCCUUUUGUAAGAAGCACUUUUCCCAAA